UACAUAUAUUAAAUAAAAAUAUAAAAUAAAAGGAGAAUUGAGGAUAAAUAAAAUAAAUAAUUCAGGAGUUAAGCGCGAUGUACGUUCAGACGAGUGGCAGUAUGUUGGGGAUUUUGCUGGCACUUAUUGCUGCUGGUGGGUCAGUUGUUGGGACCGAGGGAAAAAGAGUCGCACCACUUAUCGAUGAUGACUGGACCAAGAGACCACACCGUGCUGCCGAGUGUACAUUUGGAAAGCAGCUACGGGAAUUAGGGUCAACAUGGUACGCAGAUCUGGGACCACCUUUUGGAGUAAUGUACUGCAUCAAAUGCGAGUGUAUACCCGUACAGAAAAAACGCCGUAUUGUUGCGAGAGUACAGUGUCGUAAUAUUAAAAAUGAAUGCCCAAAAUUGACGUGCGAGGAGCCGAUUCUGUUACCUGGAAAAUGUUGUAAAUCCUGCCCCGGUGAAUACAGCGUGGAACUAGCGCAGGACUUGCCGAUCCAGCAAAACAUUGAAGAAGAAGAACGAAAUUUCAAAUACUUUGGAACUUUAAUAAGCGGAAAAACGUCAAGGCAAAUAGUUGACAGUGUAAAUGAAUCAACAAAUUAUUUAGCUGCGUCAGAGUACAUUGCAACGGGACGUUUUACAUUUCACCGCAAGAAUCUCUAUUAUUCAUUUUACUUGAGUGCAUCAACACCGCGCCCAAGAAGUAUUCAGUUCAUCGACGACACGGGCAGUAUCUUAGAAGAGCAGACAAUAGACCCAGUGGGCGGAGUGUACCAAAAUGCAACGGGUAAAUUGUGUGGUGUGUGGCGUAGAGUACCGCGUGACUACCGCAAACUCAUGCGAGAAGAGCAGCUGUACGUGUCACUCAUUUGGGAAACACCGACAACUGCAACUACCUCAAAAGCACUUCUCGUAGGUCAACUAACGCGUUACAAAGCCCUGUCCACUGAACAAUUUUCCUCAUUACUUGAACCAGCAAUGGGAGUUGAUAAAACUCUGAUGUACGGCUCUGCUGGUACGGCGAUUAUUUCUGUUUCUUCAGCCUCUGCCCCCUCGAUACACGUAUCUCUGGUAUUCAAUGGUCUCUUUUUGCCUAAUGACAUCCUCGACGUUCCGCUUGUCGUCACAAUUGACCAUCAAGAAAAAGAUUAUGUUCUAUUGCAAGAAGACAUUAUUGUUGACAAACCCUCUGCUGAUGUUAAUUUUGGUGAAGUGCGCAGUGCACUGUCUGCUACUGAUUUGCGUUUAUUAUCGCGAGGUAAAUUGUCAAUAACUGUUGCGUCAAAAAAAGAUCCUCAAGCACUCAAACUGACUGGUAGUAUCGGUACACGAGCUACUUGUGACAUUUAUCAAGCACUUUUACCCUCUGAUUUUACGCGACAUGCAUCUGGAUUAGCAUGGGCUUACUUGGAUAGGUUUGGUAUGCUGAGAUACGGCGUAAAACUCGCUGGUCUUGAAGACGAAAGUCCGCUGGUGACACUCGUUGAUGACGGAGGUAAACGUAAAACUGAGUUAGAAGAUUUAACUCCCACUCUUAUUGGUGGAUCAACAGCUAAUGGAUCUUUAGAUCGACCAGGGCCUAGAUUGUUGGAGACUUUAUUUAAAGGAGAGCUUUCGGUAGUCGCAGCCUCACCUGCUGGUUCAGUAUUGAAAGGUAGACUGUCUCAAAGACAUGUUGCUGAUGCUAAAGACACUUGUUCACCGGCUCUGUUGACUUGUUCAUCCAGUGGUUCAGUUGUUGGUUUAGUUUGGCUUGCUAUUGACACCGAUUGUUCGCUUCACUACGAGCUAGAACUCACUGGAUUGCCAGAUGAUGAUGUCAAAGAACAUUCAGAUGAUGAAGAAGACAUUAAAGGCCGUCGGUUGUAUUUAGAAACAGUCCCGUUGCUCGUUGAAGGUGCUCCUGUUUCACGAAGACUACUCGAAGAAUUUGAUGGAAAUAUUUUAGAAGGCUCCGUUACUGGUUUAUCACUCAUUGAACUCUUCCGAAUCGACUCGGGUAUCGGGUUCCUUGAGGUUGUGGAAGUUGACAAAAAUGUCAGCACAAAAUUAGUAAGAACACAGUUUAAAGCUCGCGCACCUCUCAGUUGUCUUCCCCACUAUGCAGACAACGAUGUCGCUUCAGUCUUGGUUUAUAAUCCUCACUCACCGAGCUCCGAACUCGAGAGCACGUCUUGCUUUCACGAGACAAAAUUCUACGAGGAAGGUACACAAUGGACAGCACACUCUGACCCAUGCUCUAUGUGUCAUUGUCAUCGUGGCACGGCCAAGUGUGAUCCUGUACCCUGUCCACCACUAAGUUGUCCCGUUAGUCUGAGAAUAAAACCGCCUGCCGGUCACUGCUGCUCAAUAUGUCAAUUACCAAUUGACAACACGACGAGCACAACAUUAAAUCCAAUGACAUCAACAAUGUCGUUGAAAAAAAGUACCGGUGAUUUAUCUUUGCGUGGUUGUACUUUAGCAGGACAAUUUCACGUUGCUGGCGCUGCUUGGCAUCCUUAUUUACCACCUUCGGGUUUCGAUACUUGUGCCAUUUGUACUUGUGACCCAAUAAAUUUAAUAGUAAGAUGCCCACGAGUCCAAUGUCCAGCAUUGGAUUGCGAUGAAAAAACAGCAAUAAGACCGGACAAAAAAGCUUGCUGCAAGCAGUGUCCAGUAGUGAGUGUGAUUCCCAUUUCCGGUACUCAAGGACCGCUAACCAGUGAUCCUUCAUUGCCACAUGAUCAGGCCAUUGUCCAGUCACUUUAUGUGCCUAAACGUACCCCAGAGGACAUUCUGGCUGACGGUGGAUGCAGAUAUCCCGUAGGCGGACCCUACGAAAAUGGGAGAGAUUGGCAUCCCAAGAUUCACUCGCACGGAGAAAUAAAAUGCGUUAAAUGCCGUUGCAAAAAUGGUGAAGUAAAGUGCGAUAGGAAACGGUGUCCACGCUCCCUAUGCAAUUCGAUCGUUAACCAGCUCAAGCGAGGGGAACCUAUUCCGGAAGCAGACGAUUGCUGCACCGUACAGUGUAAACGAUCACGAAGACAUCACCGUAAUCAUCGCAACCAUCAUCAUCAUAAUCACAAUCAUAACCAUCAUCAUCAGCAAUCACAGCAACAGUCUCAAUCUCAGCCCCAGUCCCAGCCCCAGCCACAGCAACAGCACCAACGUUAUUACUCUUCUUCGUCGGUUCUUCUGUCGUCAUCGUCGUCACCAAAAACUUCGAAAUACUCAAUGACGUCGCGCGAUCUCAGCUGAGAUCGCUCCUGGUAAUCCGUUAGAUCGGUUCUUGCAAUCAGUCCAUAAGAUAUUUUUAUUAUUUUUAAAAUUAUUACUAAAAAAAAAAAAAGAAA